AUGUCCCCACCGAAACCCAAUUCUGAGACUGUGGAGGAUGCUGCUCAAAACGCCCGUCGGGCUGACGGAGAGGCGCCUGUAAUGCGGUCCGCCUUGGAUGACCUCUCUGUAUGGCAGAGUGUCCGUCGCUUCAAGUGGGUGGGCUGCAUUGCUAUGCUUGCAGCAUUCUCCGCCUCUUUGGACGGCUAUCAGAUUAAUUUGAACGGCGGAAUUGUCUCUAACAAGGGAUUCAUCCAACAAUUCUCUGGCCCCGGAACUAACAUAAUUGACGGCAAGUACAUCUCUGCUUGGGGCGGGAUUCAGUCCGCCGGUCAAUUUGUUGGACAGGUGCUUCUCCAAUAUGCAACGGAAGGACUCGGCAGAAAGCCUGCCAUGUUAAUCAUCUGGCUUACUUUGACGGCGAGUGUUUUUUUGGAGACUUUCGCAGCUGACUGGAAGCAUUGGCUGGCCGCAAAACUUCUAUCUGGAAUGGGCGUUGGCAUGCUGCAGUCAACUCUUCCCCUGUACCUCUCUGAAAUUUCUCCUACUCAACUCAGGGGAUUCUUUAUCAACGCAUACACAUUCUGGUUUGUUCUUGGUCAACUCUUUGCCUCCGUUGCCCUAAACAGACUUAAUGCGAGUCAUCCGUUUGAUUACAAGGCCGCAAUUUAUACACAGUGGGGGAUGAUUGGUCUCAUCUUGGUUAUAUUCUUGGUCAUCCCUGAGUCACCAUGGUGGCUGGCCAGCAAAGGCAAGGUCGAGAAAGCCUAUCAAGUCCUGCAUACAUGCUACGGUGCGGUCGAUGGCUACAACAUUGACCAACAAAUCGAAAUCAUGACCUCAACCGUUGCUAUCGAGCGCCAACAAGCUGAGACUAACAAUGAACUGGGGCCCUUUGCUGUUUUCCACGGCAGGAACCUCAUCCGUUUUAUUAUAUCCGGCUGGCCCAAGCUAACCCAGCAAUUUGUUGGCCUAGCAGUCUUCAACACUUACGCAACUUACUUUUUUCAAUACGCCGGGAACAAAGAUCCUUUCCUCGUGACUCUAAUCCUUUCAGCGGUGCAAUUGGUAUCUAUGGUCGUCACUGCAACUCUCACCGACCAGCUUGGUCGACGGCCCUUAACCAUCUACCCGUACGCUGUAACAGUCAUUUCUGUCUUGUGUCUAGGCAUCAUAGGCUGCUUCGACUAUACUGAGAAGACGACUAGUUCCUUGCUCAUAUUUUUUGCUUGUUUGGCCACCUUUUCCACCACCGGUGCGUCCGCGAUAGGGUACGCUUACGCUGCGGAGAUUCCCCAGCAGCGCCUACGGGCUCAGACAGCGGGAUGGUCUCUGGCCGCAACCAAUCUAUUUGCCAUCAUGUUCAGUUUUUGUACUCCGAUUAUGAUUAACGGCGGCACUACCAAAUGGGGCGUCAAAACUGGUUUCUUCUUCGCCGGCACAGGCACGGUGGCUGUCAUUAUCGCGUGGCUCAUCCUACCUGAAGUAGCGAGGAGGACACCCGCGGAGAUAGAUGAAAUGUUCGAGAAGAGAGUUCCCCUCCGACAUUUCGACAACUACAUCACUGAAGUACAGCAGCAUGCAAAUGCUCAU